AUGACGUCACACAUCAAGUCUGCAACAAUGUCGGAGUCGCGACGAUACAGAAAUCCGCCAGCUAAAUUUACCUCUAAUGUGUGGAAAUAUUUCGGUAUCUCAAUAGAGAAUGAAAAAAAGGCUGUUUGUAAAACAUGCCAAGGUGAAAUGACAUAUACCGGCGGAACAACAAAUCUGUCUAAUCACAUGAAAAGGCACCACGGAAUCGACCCUAUUUCGAAAGGAGGUGUCAAAUUACAAACGUCAGCAACAGAGGCAUCUACAAGCACAAGCUGUGUAACUGCUAGCAUAUCUCCAAGCAAUCCCUUUCACAUGGCACAAAGAGUGAAGUUGGCUCCAUCCAAAGUUCACAGAAUAACUGUAGGUAUUGCCCGAUAUCUUAUAGAUGAUAUGCGCCCAUUCAGCACCGUAGAGAGUUCAGCUUUCAGAAGCAUGAUACACGAGUGUGAGCCUCGCUACAAAUUCCCAUGCAUACAAACAUUUAGUGAAGACGUAAUUCCAAGACUGUAUGAUUCUGUAGCCUCACGUAUUAAAGGCAAAUUAUUGAGUGCAGAAGCUAUAGCCUGGACCUCAGACAGCUGGACAAGUCGAGCCACCCAAUCAUAUGUGACUAUCACAGCCCACUUCAUUGACUCUGAAAUGGAACUCUGUUCUCGUGUUCUUCAGACAAGGCAGCUACCAGAAUCCCAUACUGGAGAACAUGUUGGAAACGUGCUUCGCCAAGCACAGCUUGAAUGGGGUUGUCAGGUAUGUGCCCUUACUACAGACAAUGCUGCAAACAUGAAAAUUGCUGCACAUACAGCUGGAAUAUCCAUCCAUAUUGGAUGCUUUGCCCAUACCUUAAAUUUAGCAUCUUCCCGCGCACUUGAUAUUAAAGAGGUUCAUCAUAUUUUGGCUAAGAUCCGGUCAGUUGUUUCCUUUAUGCAUCGGAGUACCACUGCCGCUGCUCUGCUUAAAAAGAAGCAAAAAAUGCUACAACUACCUGAGAACAAACUCAUCAUCGAUGUCAAAACCAGAUGGAAUUCGAGUUAUCUCAUGGUGGAGCGCUUCCUUCAGCAGCAACUUGCCAUUUUAGCCUGUCUCUCAGAUGAAAGUAUUAAGAAGCAACAUGAAGCCAAAUCCCUACAGGCUAGUAGUGUACUUGGGCAAGAUGAGGUUCGAUGCUUGGAGAUAUUCUUACAGUUAAUGGAGCCUAUGUAUCAAGCUACCCUGGCGCUAUCUGCUGACCAGCACCCUACGGUAGGGCUUAUGUAUCCAUUGCUCCUGAAACCUAAGAAGUUGUAUACCCAUAUGGAGGGAGAUACUGCUUUUCAGCAGAAAAUCAAGAAGGCUAUACUUCAAGACUUAGAGAAAAGGUACAUAAAUGAUGUUCUGUUAGAGUACCUUGAGGAAGCAACAGCAUUGGAUCCCUGGGUAAAGUACAAAAUAGAUUAA